AUGACUUGCACAUUUUUAGAAUGUAGAACUUCCGGUUUCAAAUGUGAUGAGUCAUGUAGGAGGUAUGAGAGCCUCACUUUUGGAGAAUUUACCCAUAGCAAAAAAAUAAAGGGAAAGUGCAAGGUUAUCAGUGUUAAAGCCUCUGGCCCCCUUGCCUCCUUUUCUUCAUCUCUCGGAGCUCACACCCACAAGUCGGAGGCUACUGCACAACAGCCAUCAGACAUUUCCCUGAGAGUGCCACCGGGUGAUUCUGGCCAAGAGCCACAGUAUUCCAGCGCCGAGGCCAAGGCACCCAGUAGCCAAGGCUAUGGUUCUCACAACCUGGAUUCCCAUACCUAUCGCUUACCAGAGCUUGGGCAGUCCUCUGAUCAGACCCACCCUCAUUCGUCUUUGCAACACGGAUACCAAGAGCACAGUUCUCCUUCGAAAUGUAAUGAUUUUUCACUUAGAUUUGAUGCGUCUAAAGAUAUUGAUUAUCAAGAUACAGGUUCCAGAUAUGAUACCUCAGUGCCCCAUGCACUUCCGCAAAGGUUACAUGUUAGUAACAAUCCCACGUACACCAAUGUUGGGAUUCUCAGCUUGGAAAAUGGUUCAGGAGCUCUCCCUCAGUCAUAUUCUUACCUGAGAGAAAGAGAGAGUGAAAUCCCUGUGAAUACAAGUGAUGACCAUAUGGCAGCUCACAGCACCAGCCAUUACCUCAGGACACCUGUAAGGGAUUCCAUAAGUCAGACUGACUAUGCCUUUUCAGGAGCUAAUGUAUAUGAAUCUUAUGAGCCAGGUAACUUUGCUGGAGCAUACCAAUCAGAGCAGAGUAGUAGGAUAACAAGUAGUCCGAGCCAAGGAAGCACAAGUCAUCCUCUCACCAAAGAAACAAGAUCAUUGAGGAAAGAUAUUAAUGAUAUUGUUCUGAGGAAGCAAGCACUGGAUUCACGUCUGCAGUCGCUCAUUGCUCACCGUGCAGUACAGAAGGAAAUGGAAUGGGCACAGGCAUCCAAGUCAAAGGAUAAGAGGCAGCUUGCAAGGAGCCAGAGUCUGGAGGAUGACAGUAGGAGGCUGAAGGGAAAAUUGAAGAAGUAUAGAAGUAGAAGCAAGAGUCAGGAAGAUGAAGUAGACCCUCAUAGCAGAAUGUCAUCAUCUGUUAAGGACUGUUAUUUGAGCAUGAUCAGUGAAGAUCAGGAUGAGUUUCCAAGCUUGCAGAUGGGGAGCCUGGAGAAUGAAGAGAAAAUAUCAGAGCUUAGGAAUGAAGAGGCAGAUUUACCAGGUCUAGGCGACAGUGGAUUAAGCAGUGAAAUAAAUUCUAUUAAUGCUACCAUUCAAGAGCUUGUGCGGGAAAAUCAGCAGCUACAUGAAUUCCUGCAGGGAAUGACUGUUGAGUCUAUUGCAAAAGUAGACCAGGAGAAAAUAGAGCUAGAAGCCAAGAUCCAGUCACUUAAUCAAGAAAAUGAGUCUUUAAAGAUUAUGAUGAAUGGGAACAUUGAAGAAGAGACAAAUACUGGUGCAAAAAAGAAGCAUGAGGGAAAGGCCGUUUCAUUCCUUGUUUCAGAUGACAGUGUGGAGAAGCUUUUGAAAGAACAUGAGAUGGAAAGUGCUCAUGGCCAAGAAUUAGGUAAGAAGUCUCCAGUGUUAGAAUCGGAACAUGUUGCAAGGGAACUCUCAAAUAUUGCUGAUUCUUCACAAAGGGGACAAGAAGCACCUGUGGAUUCCCAGGAACAUUCCAGAAGAAUAGCAUUACUUGAAGCACAGGUCAGCGAACUUACCAGGCAAAACCAGAGUCUCGUGCACAAGAUUAGAGAAGAAAAGGAUGGAGAUGCUAGUGAUAAAGAUGUACAAAGUGAUUAUGAAGAAACAUCCUCCAGGAUUUUAGAGUUGAAAACCCAAGGUGCUGCAAGUGUGAGUGUUACCAGGGAAAUAGAGAAACUUCAGAGGAAAAUCAACAAACUCUUGAGAGAAAAAGAUGACCUAAACCAUAAACUCAACACAGAAGCAACUGAGAGGGACUAUGAGCAUUCAAGACUGGAAGCAAGAAUUAGGAUUUUGUCAGAGCAAAACAGGGUAUUAAGUGAUAAACUGGAUGAACAGAAAUCAGCCUCAAUUGGAAUAGACCAUGGCAGCUACCAUUCUGAUCAGAUUAAGAGUCAGAAUGACUCUAGCGUUGCUAUCAGUCUGAAUCAAGAUAAAUUUGAAAAAAGUACAGAUGAAAGCAAAUCUGCCGUGAAUAUGGGCACAACUAGUUCAAGAGAAGUAAGUUUUAAAAUAGAUUUUGAUUUGGAUAACCUUACAGAGGAUGAACACAAGUUUGAGUCAAAGGUUGGCUCAAAAUCCUCUUCUUCCAGACAAGUUUCUGAACAUUCCAGAUCAAGAAGUACUGAAUACAGUUCUUCCAGAGGGGAUGCAAAGCACACGCACUCAAGGGGAAGUGCUGAUUACAGUAGUACCAAAGAGAGUUCAGAGUACACAAGAUCAAAAACAGAGCCUGAGUACAGUCAUACAGAAGAAGCUGAGAACACUAGAUCUCAAAGGAGUGCAGAUUAUAGCAAGAGAGAUCCAGAGUACUCUUCAUUUACAAGAGAUUCUAAGGGUAUCAAGUUGGAUGAAGUUGAUCACAACUCCUCUGUCAGGCAGUCGGAAUAUACUGAAUAUAGUGCAUCAUCUAGUAGAAGUCAUAAAAGUGACAGGAGUACCAAGAAGAGCACAGCAUUUGAUGAAAAUGAUGAAUAUAGUCAGGUUGAUGAUGAUUCUAGUACAAAUAUUGAACAUAGUCUCCAUACUGAAAAUGUUGAUCAGUCACUAUCUCAGAGACUUUAUUAUAAACCAACUACAUCAUCAGAAAGAAGUGAGAAAACCUAUGGAAAUGAAUCAUAUGAUAGGAAAAAAGACAGCUCUCCUGAAACUUCACAUAAUAAUCAAAAGAGUAAAACUGAUGAAGUAAAACCAUACACUAUCGUGCAGCCAGUGAAUGAUCCCAAACUGACUUCACAACUUGAAGAGUUAUUAAAACAAAAUGAAAUGCUGAUUUCCACAGUCAAUGCUAUGAAAGUCACAACUGUUAUGUCUGAAUCUAGUCUUGGGUCAGCAAUGAGACAAAUUAUGGAAGAGCAUGAAAAGCUCAUGCAGAAUAUAGAGGAGAAAAUAAAUCAUGCUAGGGUUUCUGGUGAGCUGGAUGCUGAAUCUAGGAUGAACAAAUUAUUGCAGGAAAAACAGGUAUUGGUGAUGUCACUGGAAGAACAAAAACACAAGAAUGAAUCACUUGUAAAACAGAAUGACCUGCUUGAAAAGAAACUUCAACUUGUCAGAAAGAAUAGCAAGGAGUCAUUGAAUGCAGACCAGGAGACUAAUGAAAAAGAUAAGGAAGUUGUGUGUUAUGUCAAAACACCACCUACUCUUUGCAUAGCAUCAGAGGAGAUGGAUGCACCCUAUGACAUUGAAGUGGACUGUGAAAUAAUAGAAAGUUUCAAAGUAUCUGAAGAGAUUGUGAAUGGAAGUGAUGACUUUAAGAAGAAAGAAAUGGACAAGUUUCAACAGAAUAAAAUGGGAGAAGCCAUAGUUAAGGCUAGCUACCACUCAAUGCAAAGGAAAGAUGCAUCUAAAAGUACAGACAUGCAAAAGCAAGUGACAAAAACAAAAGCGGAUUCGCAGAGCAAGGGUAGCAGCAGACGAAAUAGCUUGAGUCUGCCGUCACUUAGUCGAAGAGGGUCCCAGACCUCGACCUUAAGGAUCCCGAAAAGCGAGGAUGAAGAACACGAGGAGGAGCUACAGGAUGAGCUGACUGAGGGAUUGAUUCAUCUGACCUCAAGGAAAGAAGAUGAGAAAUGGGCUCAAGUGCUAGAGCAGUCAGAAGAGGAAAAGCAAAUUCUUCAAGACAGAAUUAAGACUCUGGUGAAUGAGAAUGACUGUUUGGCAUCACGGCUGGAGGAGGUGAUGGGUGUGUCACGCAACUUGAGCGACCAGAUGCAUUCUGCGCGGGAGGAACUUGUUAAGGUUUCGGCAGAGAAGGAGGAUUUGCAGAAGAAAGUUAGGUCAGUUUUGUAG